AGCUCCUCGUUUCUCCGGACCUGCGGUUCUCUUUCAGACUCCCAGCAGAAUCAUGCCUGAAGUUGAUGUAACAUACUCUGACGUGAAGUUCACCAAAUCAACGACCAAAGAUAAUAAUUCUUCCUCGACUGACAGCACUUAUGCUGAAGUCAAGCUUUCGAAACGGGAAGAUGCAGAUGUUCAACAACCCAGACGGGACAGGAAGUCCAAAAUGUCUCCAGCGGUUCUGAUGGUUCUGAUCACUCUCGUCGUUCUCUUGGCAGCUGCUGCUAACGGCCUGGUUAUAUUUUAUAUAACGAACAACGAAACUCUCCAGAGCCUGAAUGAGGAGAUCAAAAUGUUGAAGAGUAACCGCUCAGAAAGCAUCGACCAGCCUACAUGUCCACCACCAGCAACAUGUCCAUCUUGUCCCGUUGCGCCUUCUUAUCCUACUUCUGGAACCACAGAACCACUUCCUCCAACAUGUCCUCCUCCUCCAACAUGUCCUCCUCCUCCAACAUGUCCUCCUCCUCCAACAUGUCCUCCUCCUCCAACAUGUCCUCCUCCUCCAACAUGUCCUCCUCCAACAUGUCCUCCGCCAACAUGUCCUCCUCCAACAAGUCCAGAACCUUCAACGUUUCCACCAACUAAUGCAACAAGAAAUGAAACAAGCAGCCUGAGGGCAUAGGAGGAGGAACAGGAGGUGAAUGUAACAAUACCAUGGACUGUGUGGGGAUGAUGAAGACAAAACUCUGAGGAGAUCCUGUGGUUUGACAGAUUGUGAUGAUGAUGAGAAGUAUUUGUGAGAAAGCAGCAGAAAUGCAACUGUGUUUGUGUGUUUAGUUCAAUUGAGUCCAGAAAACAGCUUCAUAUCUCUGCACAUUUUAUAAAGAUGAUUACCAGAUAAAUAUUCUGAUUCUAAAAGAUCUUUACCUUAUUUUUCUCUU